AGUAAGAUAGCGCCACUGAUAUCUUUUAAUUAAUUAUUUAUUUUUCAUAAAUAUAUAAUUCAUACUAUUCUUUGUUUUAUUACACUACAAUCUAUAAGUUCAGAUUGCGAGCCUUGUCCCAUAAUUUGGAACAAACGUAACGUAACGCCGUAACGUGCUAAACAUAAGUAGGUAGGGUCCGGGGCAUACGUUAACCUACAAGCAAAUAUCUGUAAGCAUUGAAUAUAUCUUUCACAUUUAAAUUUGCAAUCGUGAAAAUGAGUGCUCCAAUUAGUACAGCAAUGGAUAGUUUAUCAGCUGCAAUUAAAUCUAAUAUAAUUCCAAAUCAAGAAUACUUAUUACAAGGAUCGGUAUUAGAUAGUGCUGUAGAAGUGUUACUUCACAGGUUACGUGGUUUAUGUGACAAUGUCGAUACUGGACCAGAAACUUUUUACGACCAUGAAAUGUGUUUUAGUAUUAGAGGAGCAGAACAACCAUUACUUUUACAUAUAAGAAGAGCUUUGGAUUACCAAGAUAUGCCUUGGCAAUUACGUUAUAUUGGUCAACCCGAACUGGGUGACAAAUCACGUCCAACAAUUGUUAGAAGUAGCUUAGAUAUAGCAACCAGUAACACAGUUGUCGACUUCUUGACAGAGCUUGGAUGUAGGUUGGAUUUUGAGUACAUUGCUCGUGGUUAUAUGUUUCGUAAAGGUAGAAUGAAAGUUACCGUUUCUAAGAUAUUUAAAAUGGCACAACAAGGGAAAAUGCCUGAAAGUAUGGAAGCUAUAUCUCAAAGCUAUCUAGUCGAAUUGAGUGUUUUAGCACCAAGUGGUCAAGAUGCAAUUGCAGAAGAUAUGAGAAUUUUUGCAGAGCAGUUGAAACCCUUAGUACAACUUGAAAAAAUUGACUAUAAAAGACUUGUUCAUUAAUACAGGAAUGAUAUGCAAACCCGUAUUGUAUUUUUAAUUAUACCAAGAAGUUUUGUAAAUCUCCUCGUAGACUUGUAUAUAAAACAAUUUUUUAUAAUUUCAAAAGGUGUAACAAUAAAAGAAAUUUAUAUUUUA